AUGGCUGGACACUCCAAGGUUGACGCGUUGCCUCCAUGGGGUAACGCUGUUGCAGGCGCUGCUGGUGCUGUUAUCGCGAACACGCUUGUGUACCCUCUAGACUUGAUCAAGACGCGACUCCAAGUCCAAAUCAAGCGCACCCAAACCUCAAACGACGCGAACCCCGCUGACGGCGAGCAUUACGAUGGCGCACUAGAUGCGUUACAGAAAGUAGUAGCAAAUGAGGGUAUCGCGGGACUCUACACUGGCAUGUUCGGCUCACUGCUUGGUGUCGCAUCUACCAAUUUUGCCUACUUUUACUGGUAUACUGUUGUUCGCAGUUUGUAUGUGGCCAACCGUAGUAUCACAGGGUCUCCUAGCACGGCGGCCGAACUGUCGUUGGGAGCCGUAGCUGGAGCGCUCGCCCAGCUCUUCACGAUUCCUGUGGCUGUCGUGACCACGCGACAACAGACCAUGGCAAAGGCGGAUCGCAAAGGCAUGAUGGCUACAGCCAUGGACGUUGUCAACAGCGAGGAUGGGUGGACAGGUCUCUGGCGAGGUCUGAGAGCAAGUCUGGUGCUUGUCAUCAACCCGUCCAUCACGUACGGCGCUUACCAGCGAUUGCGAGAGUCGCUGUACCCUGGUCAAAAGACACUAAAGCCUGCCCAAGCGUUCCUCCUUGGAUCGCUGUCGAAGACACUUGCCACAAUCGCUACACAGCCACUUAUCGUCGCCAAAGUCGGCCUUCAAUCGAAGCCACCACCAGUGAGGAAUGGCGUGCCAUUCAAAUCCUUCACAGAAGUCAUGCAAUACAUCAUCCAACACGAAGGCCCAUGGGGACUCUUCAAGGGCAUCGGACCCCAGAUCUUGAAGGGAUUGCUUGUGCAAGGGUUCCUCAUGAUGACCAAGGAGAGAAUUGAGCUCUCCUUCAUCCUCCUAUUCAGAUACUUCCGCCAGAUCCGUGCCGACAAGCUGCAGAAACUGGCAAACAUCGCCGCAGGGCAGGCCGGCAAAGCCGCCCCGAUUCUUGUUAAGUAA